AUGUACUUCCUGCGGCAGCUCAGGAAAGCCAAGCUGCAGUUCUACACGGCCAUCAUCGAGUCCAUCCUCACCUCCUCCAUCACCUCCUCCAUCACCUCCUCCACCACCUCCUCCAUCACCUCCUCCAUCACCUCCUCCAUCACCUCCUCAUCACCUCCUCAUCACCUCCUCCAUCACCUCCUCAUCACCUCCUCCAUCACCUCCUCCAUCACCUCCUCCAUCACCUCCUCCAUCACCUCCUCCAUCACCUCCUCCAUCACCUCCUCCAUCACCUCCUCCAUCACCUCCUCCAUCACCCUCCAUCACCUCCUCAUCACCUCCUCCAUCACCUCCUCCAUCACCUCCUCCAUCACCUCCUCCAUCACCUCCUCCAUCACCUCCUCCAUCACCUGCUCAUCACCUCCUCCAUCACCUCCUCCAUCACCUCCUCCAUCACCUCCUCCAUCACCGUGUGGUCCUCCCUCAUCACCUCCCAUCACCUCCUCCAUCACCUGUGUGGUUCGCUGGAGCCACAGUCAGGGACAAACAGAGACUACAGUGCAUUGUGGUUCUCUGCAGAGGAAGUGA